AUGGAUACAGUCAAGGGCGCUGUUAACGCACUUUUUGGUCGAAAGCCUACCGGACCUAAAGUUCGAUAUGGUGUUGUAGGUGCUGGAUGGAUCACCCAAGGUGCAUUUAUUCCAGGUAUUGGACAAACAUCAAACUCACAAUUGACUGUUUUGGUUAGUGACGAUCCGGAAAAACGUGACAAACUUGGCAAAGAAUACAAUCUCAAAUCCUAUUCCUACAAUCAGUUCUCGCAAGCUCUUGCCGAAGGUCACUGUGAUGCAUUCUACAUUGCUACACCAAAUAAUCAACACAAGAAAUUCGCUGUUCCAGCUCUCGAACAAGGUUAUCAUGUGCUGUUGGAAAAGCCAAUGGAAGUGACAAUCGAAGAUUGUGAAGCGAUUUUGGCAGCACAGAAGAAAAGUGGAGCGAAGUUGAUGAUUGCCUAUCGUCUUCAUCAUGAACCUGGUACUGUGGAGAUCAUUGAUCGUGUUCGCAAAGGAGACUUCGGUGAUGCACGAAUCUUUUCAUCAGUUUUCACUCAAGAUCUCAAACCAGAAAACCACCGUGCAAAACAAGGUUUUGAUGCUGGUCCGAUCCCUGAUAUGGGACCUUAUCCAAUCAAUGCAGUCCGUAAUCUCUUUGGCUCAGAACCAACUGAAGUUACUGCGAUUGGAUUCAAAACCCCUGGUCGUGAAUUCUUGAAAAUGGAGCACGAUACAAUCAAUGUCACACUUCGGUUUCCGGAAGAGCGUAUGGCUCAAUUUGUCGUUGGAUAUGCUGCUACACCAACCAACUGUUACAAAGUUGUUGGUACCAAAGGUGAAGUUGAAGUCAAUCCUGCUUUCAUGUUCGGUAGUGGUGUGAAAAUCGCUUGCAAAACGACAAUCAACGGCAAAGAAGAUUCAAAAACAUUUCCCGAAACCGAUCACUUUGGUGGCGAAACCGAAUAUUUCUCUGAAUGCAUUUUGAACAAUGUUGAUCCUGAAGCUGAUGGUCACGAAGGUUUGAAUGAUGUGCGAGUAAUUGUAGCAAUCAAAGAAUCACUCGACGGCAAAGGUAAAACAGUCAAAAUCAAAUCCGAACAACGAAGUAAACGACCAGUAUUGGAACAAGUAAAAAAAUUAACUUUAGGCAAAGAACCAAAGAAUUUUAUCGGUCGUGAUGCACAAAAACCAUCUCAUGAGUAA